GUAUGGGGCGUUAGGGGUGGCAUAGUACCUCUACUGGGGGACACGUCGUGCUCCUUCUGGGGCAGUUCAUCCACCUGUGGUCCCCACAGUAUUUUAUUCAACACCCCUGUGCUUAUAUAGAGGUCAUGCAAUUCAUAGGUUUUUAAAAAAUCUAGAUUGGAUUUCACGCAGAACCUUUCUAGAACUGAUGCCUUGUCCUUGACUCCUUAUUUAUUUCACCUGAAAGCCCCAAUCUUGCAAAGACUUCACUUUCCACUUUCCUGCGAGGAAGUGGUUUCAAUGGAAGUAGGUGUCAAAGUGAAGACCGAAAUGGAAGAUGUGAGCUCCAAAAGGGUCAGCGAAUUCUUGCAGAAAUGCGUCAAGCUAGAGGAUAGCGAAGGGGACGCCCAGCCCAAGGAGGAGAUCAUAGAAGUGCAAACCCUCCCUAUCCUUGCGCCAUCCUACCCUCAGACAGUUCAAGAGGAAAUAUCCAUGGUCUUCAAUACCUGCGCGAUGCCAGCCAACCUGGGUCCGUGCACCAGGCGGAGGCGCGAGAAAGGCAGUGGCCACGACGGGACAAGCGCCUCCCUCUAUGUCGACCGCCGCAAAUCCAAGGUGUGGAACUACUACACGAAGCUGGGGGAUGCCUACGUGGAGUGCAACGUCUGCAAGAAGCAGCUCUCCUUCCACAACAGCACCACGACCAUGAGGGAGCACCUCGUGAGGAAGCACAGCAUCCGUGACACCCUGCUCUCUCAGCUGAAGGACGACCAGGUUCCCGACCCCGACUACGUGGCCCAGGAGACGGCGAUAAAAAGGGCCCGCCAGCUCACGCCCGAAAACAGCAGCCAGUACCACGCCGUCUCCUGCGCGGAACCCAGGACGGACGUGAUUCUGGAGCUGGUGCUGGAAAUGAUCUUCCGGGACCUGCACCCUCUCUCGGUGGUGAAGGACAAAGGCUUUGGCCUUCUGAUUGGCUAUCUAGAACCUAGCUUUAUUCUCCCGUCCCCCAUGCAGCUCUCUAGCAUGUUGUGGCACCGGUACAACGUGGUCAAGCAACACCUAGAACAUUACCUGCAAACGGCCCAGUCGAUUGUGAUCUGCGCCGAGUUCUGGCUGUCCCAGCCCAACCAGACCUACUUGACCAUCAUGACUAACUUCAUCGACGGGGAGUGGAGGCGGGCGCGGUGUAUCUUGGAGACCCAGCAGGUGCACGAGGAUAAAGGGGAGAGUAACUUGGGAGACCGGCUGUACUCGGUCCUGACGGACUUUGGGCUGUCUAACAAGUCUGUCUUCUGCGUGAUGCACGACAGCCUGCAGGAUUUGGGGGCCAACUCCUCGCAACUCAAGUGCGUCUACGGCUGGACCAGCCUUUGCUGUGCUGCCCACCUGCUGCACCUGUGCGUCAAGGCGGGUCUCGAAGUGGAGCAGGUGCAAGAGGCCCUGAGCGCGGCGCGCAGCAUCGUCUGCUACUUCCAGCAGGAUGCGAAGGCCACCUGCUCGCUCAACAGCAAGCUGGAAGCCAUCAACAAGACGAAGCUGAAGUUGGUGAUGGACACGGGGGCACGGUGGAUAACCACCAUUGAGAUGUGUGAGUGCCUGCUGGACCUCAAGUGGGCUAUCAUGUCCGUGUUGGAGGAGCACCCCAAGGGAACAACGGUGGUCCAGAACUUGGCCGACCACCAGUGGAAGCUCUUGCAGGACCUGGUGCCCGUCAUGAGAACGCUCAAGAUCGCCACGUCCUUCUUGCGGGAGGAGCAGAACUUCUCCAUCUCCUCCUUGAUGCCCUGCAUCCACGGCAUUGUCACAGCCAUCGGGCAGCAGUCGGAAGAAGCGAGCGGCGUCAUCAAGACGGUGGUGAGCAACAUCAGGUCGGAGCUCACCCAGCGCUGGGGCAUCUUGGAUGAGGAGAAGUUGCUGGAGAGCCCAGCCGUGGUGGCCUCAUUCCUGGACCCACGUUUCAAGGAAAUGAGGUUCUUGAGCCCCAGCCUGAGGAGCGAGCUGCACAAAAAGAUCAAGAGCAUGCUCUCCCAGUUCUUCAACCACCAGUCCCCGCUGUCCAACCAGUUCUGGGUGCCGAACGCCGACUACAAAGCAGAGGUUGGUGAAACGGCCUGCCAGAUCUCUGCCCAUAAAGAGAGAGGCCCGAGCGGGCAGUCUCAGAGUAUGUACGACAUCCUUUUGGGGAAGGACCCCACGGAGAGUAUGCCUGAGAUCCAUCAGCAGCUGGAAAACUACAUCGUGGAGCCUCUCUGCAAGCGCAGCACCAACCCCUUGGACUGGUGGAAGAACAAUGAGCACCGCUUCCCCUCCGUAGCCAGGUUAGCCCGGCAAUACCUGGCCAUCCCGGCAACAGUCGUGCCACCAGAACAGGCCUUUGCUGCCAGUGAAAGCGCCCUGGAGCACCGGAGAGGUGUGCUUGCUCCCGAGAACCUGGACCAAAUCCUCUUCUUGCACCAGAAUUUCGAUUUUUUAGAAUCUAUGAGAAAUGGCAAUGAGAAUCUGAGUAAGGCGGUUCACAACCAGUACUGAAAGUCAGAUGCGCCGAGACCAGUGUAUUACGGUGUGGCCACUGCACUGGGAGAUGACGAGGGAUGCAAAGUCUUUGAAGGGGGGCACCUUGGCCCUCAGGAUACUUUAGGGGAGGCACAGGUCAGGGCCUGAUCUUGCCUGCUUAAUUUAAAGAUGAAAGUUUGCCUGCUGUCUAAACUCACCCUUGUUCUUCGCUGUAGUGGUAUCUCAACCUACAACUCAGUAGUGUUUUUUCUUGAAAGGGUGUGCUGGACUCGGAGCAGAAAACAGACCUUAGAAGGGCCAUAUCCAACCAUAAUCUCAAAAGAUACAGGUGUGUUUCUGGAAGGCCAAUCCUAGUCUGGAGGUCUAUAGUAAACCUAACCAUUUACCUAUCUUACCCUGGAAAAGAAGGUAAAUAGGGAGAGAAUGUAGAAAUCGCUCCAGAGCUCGUGGGGCUCACUUAGUUUAGUGCAUUAUAAUGCUUGUGGUGUGUGUCUUCCUUUUCAUUUGCCUUUAAGGUUCCUAUGAGGCCCUUCCAUUGAGGGAGACAUAGGUGUUUUGAGCCUCCGUCACCCCUUUACCUGUGUUGGAAUUCUGUAAAACAGAGGUGGCUACCCUACCAGCCACCAGAUGUUGUUGGGAUGCAACUUCCAUUGGCCUUGCCGGCUAGGACAAGGAGUUCAACAUUUGGAGGUCUACAGGUGAGCCACACCCUGCCUUAGGAGAAAGUUCUUUCUGCACAUGUUUACCAUGUGCUGGUCCCACGUAAUGCAGGCAAAGGCCACCACGCACACCUCUUCACCCUCAGAGUAAGCUAGGUGCUUCCGUUUUUAAAAACAAAAGAACGCUGCGCUGUGGCAACCCUUCUGCAUCAAGACUCAAGGACUAAGUGGACUGCAGGAAGCCUACACUUCCACCCAGAACGAAGACGUCUGUGCAGUAUUGGGUGAGCGCUAAUCCUGUCCUAGACUUUCCCAGUUCCCUUGCCUUGUACUAACCGCUGGUGAUGGGAUUCCAGAGGCUCAAAAUACCCAUGUUUCCACCUGCAGAGGGGAACAUGCAUCUUAGUCUGUGAGUGGGUGGUGCGUUUGUUAUGUAGGCCCUUCCAGGAAAUCCAUUCAGAUACUCCUAAAGCCAGGCCUCUCUGGACAGGUCAAAACCUUGUGAUGUUCACACGAAGUGGCACCUUGAUCUGAAGGUGAGAUGAACCUUUUAAGGCUCGUUCACACUUCCGCUUGUCUCGCACUUACUAGGCGUGGGUCCAGGCGAUUUUUUUUGCGCCAUUGCUUUCUCCUGGAAAAUCCACUCUGCGGCACUGAUUUGGAAAAAAAUGACAUAGAAUUGUAGAGUUGGAAGGGGCCAACCCUCUGCAUUCCGGGAAUAUUUUGCCCAAUGGAAAGCCUGAUUGUUCCAAUUCAGCAGCAAACAAUAGGUUUUCCUGGGGGGAAGUGGCAGGGCAAACGAAAGUGUUGAUGAACCCCCUAGGCUGAACUUCUAGCAAUGUUUUGUUUUUCAGAUGAUGCUUCAGAGUUGCAUCUGAAUUUGGACCGUUGCAAGGGUAGGGAAUGGAAAGGACUAGGGCGAGGGUUAAGAACGACGAAGUAUGCCUUGAAAAGAAUUUGCACUGUGGUGCCCUUUUAUGACAAAGCAGACAGCGCUGUAGGUAUAUCUCUUUAAGGCUAUUUUCGAAGUCUUGCUGCAGUGACCCCUGCUGCACGUAACUGAAGACUGAGCCUUUCUCCUUUAGAAGAAAACCUUUGAUGUUGUUGAUUAGUUGCACUAAAUGUUUAACUGCUUGUCCUCGAAGCCGCUUUGAGUCAAUUAGCAGCAGCACGAGAGAGUGGAUAUCGCGGAGUCGGAUUCCUUUUUAAAAACGCGUUUGCUGAUUUUAAGUGAGAUGUGGGACUCGGAGCUAUGCUCGCAGGUCACGUUUUGCAAGUAGCCACACAGGCUAGCACACCCCAUGGCUGGGCUCUGUGUUCGUAACCCAACCUCUGCAGCAUCCUGAAGUGUCAAGGAAGAACAACAACGGUUUAAAAA